CAUCGGUCACCACUUUAAAUUAAAUCCCCCAAAUCCCAUUUUAAGAUCCGCCCUCUAUAAUCCCUUGAACCUAAAUCUAGAAAAUACUCUAAACCCAUAAAUUGAUCACUAUCGAAUUCUCUGAAUUCAAAAUCAUAGAGUUAAAAGAAAAGGGAUGAACAAAAGGAUCCUUAUUUGGGAGCAGAAGUCGACGCCGGAGAAAGCAAUGUUGGUUUUAGAAAAAAAAAGAAUCAUAAGGAGAGGUCGACUACAGGGAAGAUUUGUCAUUUAGGUGACCUAAAAUCAUUUUUUCUAUAAAUGCAUGACUUAUUUUAUUGUUAAGUUGUUAAAUGGUUAGCUGCAAUCUUAAAAACUUGACGGAAUAUGUAUAGCAUACCUGUUGUUGCUUAAUCCUCUCUCAAACUUUGUUAGCCUCUUCUUAGUUGAUGUAGUUAGAAUUAGGGUUCAACUCGUUCUUUAUAUAUUAGUUAAGAGGAUAAGUCUAGAAGAUAAUCUAAUAGCGUUUAAAUAGAAUUGAAAUGUGCAA